UCAAGUUUUCGUCUUUUGAUAAAACCAAUUCGUAAUUUGAAUUACGUAUUCACGCAAGAUGACAAAAUUGUUAACAGUUCCAAUGAAAAAACCAACGGAUGUUGACGUUGUUCGGCCCUUGGAAAAUUUGAUUAAUACUGUAUACAAAUCUCCUAAGGACAAAGACAUUUCUAAGCAAAUACGUGAAUUCAGCAACCUCAGAAAUAACGCAGUAUUGAAGAGCUAUGAACAGUUUGAAGGGUCAUUGGAGAUUAUCUAUACAUACUACGAUCAGGUAGUUGCUCUUGAAAAUAAAAUACCACAAAACGAAUUGCAUAUUUCCUUCAAGUGGAAAGAUGCUUUUAACAGAGGAUCAGGAAUUUUUGGGGGUAGGAAUAGCCUGACCAUUUCCAGUUUGGGGUUUGAACGAGUGUGUGUGCUGUUUAAUAUUGCUGCACUUCAGAGUUCCAUUGCUUCAGCUCAAGAUGUCAACAAUGAUGAAGGUCUCAAGAUAGCAGCCAAACUUUUUCAGCAAUCGGCAGGGUAAAAUAUCAGACUUCUGUUUCGCACG